AUGCAAUUCCUAAACUCUACUUCUUCCUAUUCCCUCCGGGUUAUCUUCGUCAUGGCUAUCUUCACCCUCUCCACAUCUGCCGCUGCUCUUUCCCACACCGUCAAUUAUCCUGUUUCGGGUGGCAAACCCGUUUCUCUCGCUGAUGAAAUGCCACAUACGGAGUUACAGUAG